GUGAGAUGCUUCCUCUGUCUAUUAGAGAUAUUAAAAUAACCCGGCGUAGCCAAAAAUCCUUUCGAGCCAUGUCCUGAGGAAUCCCCAGUUGACCGCAUUUUGAAAAUCUUAAGUCUUACUACCAAAUUAGAUAUGGCUUCAUCAGGGAAGAGGAUUGUCUUUAUUACAGGGGGGAACCAGGGCGUUGGCUAUGAGACAGCAAAGAAUCUACUUCUUUCCUCUGAGGAAUACCAUGUGAUUUUGGGAAGUCGGGAUUUCUCUAAAGGCGAAGCAGCGGCUAGAGAAAUCCAAGCCGUACACGGUGUUAAGGGUACUGUCUCUGCGGUUCAGAUCGACGUCACGGAUGAUAAGACAGUCGACGCCGCAGCUGCGCGUGUGGUCUCCGAGUACGGCAGACUAGACGUUCUUGUUAAUAACGCGGGGAUUAUAUCCACCGCUAAUCCACCGACUCGCAAGGCUUUUCGGCAUGUUUUGGAGACCAAUGUUGUUGGUUCGUUAAGCGUCACCGAGGCGUUUUUGGACCUGUUGCGCAAGGCAGUCUACAAACCGCCUCGCCUUGUUUUCGUCACCUCAAGCAUGGGCUCGAUUACGCAUGCGGCAGAUCCUAGUUCUCCGUAUUACAACCCAUUAGGAACGGAGUACCGUACUAGCAAGGCCGCCGUUAACAUGUUGAUGGCUAUGUAUUGUGCUCGUUUGAAGCCAGAGGGCUUUUUGGUAUUUGGGGCAGAUCCUGGACUUUGUGCCACCAAUUUCACCGGGGAUCCCGUCUCGUUGCGGAAGAGGAAUGCCGCCGAACCAUGGGAGGGAGGCGAGCGUGUGGCGUCAGUUAUCAAAGGGGAAAGAGACGCUGACGUUGGAAAGGUGUUGGGAGUAUAUGGGGUGUCUCCGUUCUAGGGCGCGGCCCACACCUGGCAACGAGGCUUCAGUUCUCGUAUGACUUCUCGUAUAACAUGGAAGCAUGGCUUAGAUAGGUAUAGCUAGUUCG